UUCAGGUAUUAGCGAACCUGUUUUGUGAUCUGUGUGGCUGAAAGCAGCUUGGCACAACUGGAUAAGCCUCGAAAUAGAAUAAUGCGCAUGCUCAAUGCGGACUUCUUACAUCGUUUGAGUGCUGAUUGCCAGGAUGGACAGUGAGGUUUUGCGUGAUGGUCGGCUGAUGGACUUGAUUGAUGAGAAGUGGCGUGAGGACAAACUGCCGAUGGAAGACAUCGCCGUGCCCCAGAUGGAACUUCCAGAGAUAGAACCGGACAAUGGACCAACCACCGAGACUCUUCGCGAACAGGAACAGAAGUGGGCUGAUCUAGCAUUGUCUUCCUUGCAUGAACCACCAUCAACAGCAUCUAGUAACUGAAAAACUGUGAUUCAAAUCUGAAACAGUAUGAAAAUUAACAGAAGUGGGCAGAUAUAGCAUUGUCUUCCUUGUACAAACCACCAUCCAGCAACUGAAAAACUGUGAUUCAAAUCUGAGACUUUGUGAAGGUGGACAGAAGUGGGCAGAUAUAGCAUUGUCUUCCGUGUACAAACCACCAUCCAGUAACUGAAAAACUGUGAUUCAAAUCUGAGACUUUGUGAAGUUGGAUAAAAGUGUACCGAUCUGGUAUUGUCUUCCUUGCACGAACCACCAUCAAUGGCAUCCAGUAACUGAAAAACUGUGAUUCAAAUCUGAGACUUUGUGAAGGUGGAUAGAAGUGUGCCGAUCUGGCAUUGUCUUCCUUGCAUGAACCACCAUCAACAGCAUCCAGUAACUGAAAAACUACAUGGUUUAAAUCUGAGACUUUGUGAAGGUGGAUAGAAGUGUGCCGAUCUGGCAUUGUCUUCCUUGCAUGAACCACCAUCAACAGCAUCCAGUAACUGAAAAACUACAUGGUUUAAAUCUGAGAUUUUGUGAAAACGAAGAUGGAUAGAUUCUGCAUUUAUCUUCAAAAUAGAUCACCUUUAAGGAUAUCCAGUAGCUAAAACGCUAUGAUUCCAAUCUGAGACAUUGUGAUGGUGAAUAGAAGUGGACAGAUUUGGCAUUGUCUUUCUUGCACAAACCACCAUCAACAGUGCCCAGUCACUGAAAAGCUAUGACUCAACUCUGAAACUUCAUGAAGAUGAGCAGAAAUUGGGUAGACUUGACAUUGUCGGUGAUAUCCAUUAACUGGAAAUUGGGUUCAUCACUGGAACUUUGUGAACAGAACAGAAAUGGACAGAUUGAGCAUUGUAGUCCCUGCGUGAAUCACCUUCAACAGAACAUUUUGUUUUAAUUUAUUUUUUAAAUUGAACACUGGUGAUCAUUUGACAACUACUAUUUAACGUUUUAGAAUUGUGUAGAGAUCACUGAAAUUUGUGUAGUGAAUCCCAACGCAAUAUUGAACAUUUUCCUGCUUCAACGGCAUCCAGUAACUCAAAAAUCUUUUUAAUUUUUUUUUUUUUUUUUAAUUUUUUUUUUUUUUUUUAAUUUUUUUUUUUUUAUUAAUUCGAAUUUUACUCAGAUUUUCAAAACACAUAUAAUAUACAGUACAUAGUGUACAUUACAAUUUCCAUUUAAAUCUUAGUUCAACAGCGUGAUUGGUUUUGUGCACGGAAAACAGCUUUUAUUUAACAACAAAUCACUACUAUACAACAUCCAGUUUAAAACUGAAAGUUAAGUGUAUCUGCCAUUUUUGUACGUUUAAGGAGUCCAACUUUCUUAGGUUUUCAUGCACGAUGAUGGAUACUGAUAAUCAUGAUUAUUGAUGUCCCAAUGAUCGAUUAUAAUAAAAAAAAUUGAUCGGUUUGGCUAUACCGAUGUGAUGAUUGAUUUAAAAAAUCCAUAAUAGAUUGUGUGGGUAAUUGUUAAUGUAAUUAUUCCGCCAGUUUAGAUUAUCAAAUUGAUGUCAAUGUGAUGGGGUUGGUGUUUAUUUUUAUGUGUACAUAAAGAAAUAAAAUACUAUAUAGUA